UGUCCUGUUGGCUUGCUUUCCGCGCAUGCGCAUUGCGCACAAGUCUUUUCCUGCUUUUGCUGACUGGUUCCGGAUGAGCACAUUCGUCAAUUUCGUCUCGAGCCAAAGCACACAAAUGGUACCACUAACCAGCUGACGAAAGAGUCUUCUUGUUCAAUGCUCAGGCCGAGAGUGAACCAUGCUGCUCCAAGCCCAGCGCGCGUCAGUGUUCACCUUCCAGUCGGCCGUGCACAGCGCUCACGUGCUGCAGUGUCUGGACGAGCAGCGGCGGCGAGACAUCCUGUGCGACGUGACCGUGGUGGUGGAGGGCCACAGCUUCCGAGCCCACGCCGCCGUCCUUGCCUCGUGCAGCGAGUACUUCCACGGCCGCGUCGCCUCCGCCGACUCCAAGCACAAUGCCGUCGUACCCCUGCCAGAUGAGGUGACCGUGCAGGGCUUUGAACCUUUGCUCCAGUUCGCCUACACAUCAAAGCUGCUGUUCACCAAAGAAAACAUCCACGAGAUUCAAAGCUGUGCCAAAUUCCUGGGCUUUCGCAACCUGGAGGCGGCGUGCUUCGAUUUCCUCAUCCCCAAGUUUUCCGAACGCAAAGCGCAGGGCGUCAAGCCGAAGGUCUGCUGCCACGGUCGCGAGGAAAGACGGCACAGCUCGGACUCGCAAACGGACCUCCCGCCUGUCGUCCCUCCGCCGGCGCCGUUCCCGCCUCCGCCUCUGAUUCACGACUUGUGUUUGGAAACCUGCAGGCCGCAGUUGCCUCCCUUGUCUCUGGAUUUGUCGGCCAACGUUGCGUGUCCGAUAUUUUCUCUUCCCAAUCCCAACGAAGCGGUUCGAGAAUCUCGGGUCUGGACGGAAAACGUUCUGGCGGCGGACAUUAGCGGUCCGAGCCAGUUGGGUCUGCCGGAGUUGCCGUGCGAGCUGUCGGCGGCGGAGCGCGAGGAUCCGCGAGACCUGAUCGAGCCCAGGGAGAGUCUUGACGUGGACUGCGGCUUCGCUUCUUGUCCCGGUGCCGAAGGUUCUGCUCGGUUAUCAGAGCAGUCAGCCAGAGAUGAGGGAUUUUCUGAGAGGAGCAGAGAGGAAAGGGAAGUGGCCGAGCAUCUAGCCAAGGGAUUUUGGUCAGUGCUCUGCACGCCGCCUCAGCAGCAGACUCUGCCCCCCUUGGAUCAGACCAAUCUUGAGAAAGCUUCCUCAGACUUCCAUUGGCUCAAACAGCUGGACCUAACCUCCAAUCCGGCGGACUGUCCUUUCCUCAGGGAGCUCGAUGCGGGCGGCGAGCCGAAAUUGCACGCCGACACGCCGUCCCAGUCGGAGAAGAGCCCCUGCGUAUCCUCGCUCAACUCGGGGGAAGAAUCCGACGAGGACACCGACGGAGAUACGGAGGCCAACACCAGAAGAGCGGCCGAGAUCCACCUGCCGUUCCCGGUGGAGAACAUCUCCACGCUGAGCCGGAGCGCCUUCCAGCAGCUUCUCAAGCACCAUCCCAUGACGCCCGAGCAGCUGGAGUUUGUCCACGACGUCCGGCGUCGGAGUAAAAACCGCGCGGCGGCGCAGCGAUGCAGAAAGAGGAAGAUCGACGGCAUACAUCAUCUAGACUAUGAAAUCAAAACAUUGAAAAGCGAAAAGGAGAAGCUGCUUCAUGAGCGUGCAGAACUGGAGCAGAACUUGGAGGAAGCCCGCCGGAGUCUCUGCAGGCUGCGCAAGAGCGUCAGCGCCGAGCCCGCCUCAGACCAGGACCACCUGCACUUCCUGGCCAAGCUCUCGGCGCCGGACUUCCCCGUGUCUCCCCACCUCGCCGAUAAAAACCCGUCGAGCCGCUUUGAAAAGCGGUAAGUUUGGAGUGUUGGGGGCGGGGGGGACGUCUUUCUCAUCCCCGAUCGUUCAUAUCCAGGGAAUUGACUUUUUUUUUUUCUAACAACAAACUGUCAUAAUCCCCACAUGGAUUUUGCUUUUGGUGCGCUUGAAAUUAAUAUCAACGUAUGUGUGAAAUUUACUGUAGAAUAGUUUCCGAGUGUGCUACUACCUAUACAAUAGGCUUGUGUUGUUUAAUUUCUCAGGGAAAGACUCAAUCUGAUCCCUACACCCGUGCGUGAACUGAUCACACCAAAAAAAAAAAAAGCAAAAAAGUUAUUACUGUACAGUGUUAUUUUAUUGUACCACUAUGGUGUGUCACUAAACAAAUAUGCAAAGCACUAACUGAACAUUUAAUGUUAGAUUACUGUCACUGCUAACACACGUUGUUGGUAGCAUUGUUUAAAAAAAACAAACAAAAAAAAGAUGCAUGGCUUCAUGAAAAAUGGUUCUUAGUACCGAAAAUGGGUACACUCGAGAAAUUGUGCCUUGUGCAUUUUUUUUCCUUGGAAUUUUAAAUCACUCUUGCACACGAACCCAGAGCCUUUAUUGACGUCUGCAUACAGAGUAUUUUUUAUCGAAUGCUUUCAUCUUAAUAAAGGCCAUUUGUGUAAAAGAUGCUCCCGUUAAAUGGUCGUCUAAGAAUGGACAGUAGCGCGGCCGGGCCUGCAGGUGGUAGUGCAAGCCACUUAUUCCAUCGAUAAGCGGCUGAAACAUAAUUGAAGUGCAUGGAUUGAAAGUUAUAAGCGUUCUAAUUCACAGCAACAACAAAAAAAUCCUCCAAAUAAUAUAUAUGUGAAUAUUGCACAAGGCUAGUACAUUGCGAAGUUCACUGGUCAUUUUAAGGAAGUGAAAAGAUUGCAACUUUUUGAAAAUGCUGACAUUAGAACAAACUCGGGAAGGAUUAGAAAGUGAGAAGUUCAAGUACAUUCUGCUACAUUUUGGUCAAACUCAAAAUCGUCACCCAGGAAUGGUUAGCACAAUACAGAAGGAGCCUUGCCAACAAUUUAUUGGCAUGACAGUGUAACUUUCUAUAAUUAUAUUUUGUGUUUAGGAUUUCACUUACAACUGGCUGCUAUUUUUUUUAAAUGAGCAAUGAUAAAAAAAAAAAAAACAUCUUUGUACU